AUGGCUACAACCGAAACAAAAGAUCUCAGCGAACAUCAGCGCCUGCAAUUGCAGUUUCAGCUCUUCCAGGAGUCGCUUCCUAAGGUUAAUGAUGUUGUUUACCGUAUGCUUUUGAAAGAAAUGCUUCCGCUAGCUAUAGCAGUGGAUAAAUCCUUAUCAGAUGAUGAGAAAGAAGACGAAAACGACAAGACUGAACAGGAGCACAGAGCCGCUGAAGAAAAGCUUGCUAACUUGUCUAUUGGUUAUAAGGGUACGCCUUCUCACGUUCUCAUCAAGGAAUAUGCAGACUCAGAUGAAGAAAGACGGCUAAGAAUUAGAACCAAAAUGAUGAAAAUGGGGUAUCAAAUUGGGAAUCAAGUGUCAGAGUUGCUCAUUUUCAGUAACAAUCCGAAUUUGAAUUUUAGGGACAUGGAUCUUCUAUCUGUAAUGAAGUUCAUAUGUCGCGACGUAUGGAAACAACUUUUUGGCAAACAGAUCGACAAUUUGAAAACCAAUCACCGUGGCACUUUUUACUUGUUUGAUUACGAUCUCAAACUUCUAGAAGGUAUGGCAUUGAACGAAGAUGCGUUAGAGAAGGAAUUGUCGGUGUUAGAGCCGUAUCUCGAUAUUCCCUGUGGCAUUUUGCAAGGCGUACUUGCAUCUCUCGGGUACGAAAAUAAUGUCAGCUGUCAAGCAACUUUCGUGGAUGUGCCUGAAAGUAAGGCUGGCGGCUUCAGGAGUUUCCCUAAGGGCGUGAGUUUCAAUGUGCUCGUAAACGUGAACCCGACAGCCGGAGGCGAAAAGACUGUCGAUGCUGGGGCGAAGGGAGCAGGGGCUCAGAGUUUCCCGGUUUAA